CUCUCUGCGAUUUUAAGGAGUUUGCAGACUUCAGACAACUUCCUUCCAUACUGAGAUGCCAUUUCCUUGUCUAGUGGGCCACUGAAAAAACUGUGCCCUGCAGUCUUUUCUUCUAGGAUUGGAGCAGGAUCUUAAAAAUCUCUGCCAAGGCGACACUUCAGUAUGUCCAACAAAGCGAGGAAGAUGCUGGUUCUGCUGAUGAUCAUCCUGAAGGAAGCUGGCCCGACCGCAGCCUGCAGCAGCAGCUGUUCAUCAUUCUGUGUCUGCAGGAGCAGAGGCCUCACCAGUGUUCCUCAGGACCUGCCUACAAACAUCACUCGGCUGGACCUGCAGAGCAACUCCAUCACAACCUUAAGUCAGUCUGAUUUCUCAAGGUACAGGAGCUUGUCAAGAUUAUAUCUUGGUUACAAUCAGAUCUCCAUGAUCCAUAACAAAACAUUCCACAGCUUAACCAGCCUGACUGAACUGUACCUUUAUGCGAAUCGUUUAACCACUCUGUCAGCUGGCAUAUUUGUGGGACUUGGUAAUCUGCAGGAGUUGUGGCUUUACAAUAACCAGUUAACAAGUCUGACAGCUGACAUAUUUGAUGGACUCGGUAACUUAGACAAGCUUGACCUUGACAGGAAUGACAUCCACAGUAUUGAGGCAGGCACCUUCAAUGACACAACAAAGCUACGUUAUCUAGGGCUUCAGCACAACAACAUCAGGACCAUCACAGCCGACACAUUAGGGAACCUACUUCAGCUUCAAACACUGAGACUUUCUGGUAAUAACAUCAACACUUUCCCUGUAGAGGCCUUAUCAAACUUGAAUAUUUCAGUGCUGUCAGAGCUUACAUUAGAUUCUAACCAAUUAGAGACCCUACCAGUCAUGGCGUAUGACAUACUGGCUUCCAUUUCAACAGUCUACAUUCGCUACAACCCCUGGCAGUGUGACUGUAGGAUGGCUCCCUUUAAGCAGAGAAUGAGCGGGUCUUACCCAUUUGAAAAACAGAUCAGAUGUGCUGGACCUGCUAACCUUACAGGGCAACUCUUGCGGGAUGUUACGUUAAAUCCUGAAGACCUGAUCUGUGACAGGACGACACCAGUCUACUUCACUCCCAGCACUAAACACAUUCCUGACUCUACUGACCCUCCUUUUGCUUCGAAUGUGACACUAACUGAGAGCACUACUGGCCCUGCUGAUGGUGGCAUUGUCCUGUCUGUUCCCUUGGUUGCUACUCUGGGAGCUAUUCUUGGACUCCUCCUUAUCUGCACUAUAGCCUUUGCAGUAUGGUGCAUGCAUAAGAGGAGGCAAAGGGAUCCUCCUCAGCAAGGCUUUAGCAACACAAACCCCACAGGCACAUCCAGUGGUCAUGAGCAGAUACGGUUGCAGGCAGUUGGCACAAGUGCAGAAGUAAACAGUCAGUCUGAAACAUCCCAUUCUGAUACAGAAGACAGCGAGCAUGUCUAUGACGCCCCAAUAUAUGAGGACCUUGAUACAGCAGGGUAUGACACGACAGGUGAAGUCGAUCAGUCAGAAAGUGGUGCAGGUAACAGGCAGAGUCUUGACAGCUUUGGUUAUUUGGUUUUGCCCUCUUCCCUUCCCCCUGAAAAUGAAACUGGCCCCCAGGCCGCUGCCCAGGUUGAACCAGCAGAUGCAGCUGCUCGAAAAAUUGUUAGUCCGUCACAAACAUCACAGCCAGGUUCAGGGCAAAUUCAGCAUCUCAGCAGUUUUAAUGAUGACUAUGAGGUUCCAUCUCCCUGCCUGUACCCUGGAGAAGGUCCACAGCCCCACAAAUAUGUGAACAGCCACGUGGCAGCAGCUGCUAAAGAUCCUGCAGCUGGUCCACAGGAUGUGGAGUAUGACUAUGAGAAUGAGGAUGAGAUAGAAUCUGCAAAUGAAGGUCCACAGUCCCACAAAUAUGAGAACAGCCAGGUGACAGCAGCUGCCAAAGAUGCUGCAGCUGGUCCACAGGAUGUGGAGUAUGAGUAUGAGAAUGCUGCAACUGGUCCACAGGAUAUGGACUAUGAGUAUGAGAAUGAUGAUGAGACAGCUAGAUUGAUUACUUUAGCAACUGGUUCGCAGAUUGAUGAAGAGUUAGUUGAUAACCAAUCACAGACAGCAGCUACUAAAGAUGCUGCAGCUGGUCCACAGGAUGUGGAGAAUGAAGACGAGAAUGAUGAUGAGACAGCUAGAUUGAUUACUUUAGCUUCGCAGAUUGAUGAAGAGUUAGUUGAUAACCAAUCACAGACAGCAGCUGCCCCUGGUGCUGACAGCCCUCACCACUAUGAACCCCUGAGGAACCCCAGCAGUCAGCAGCAGCACACAUACACAUCCCUGAUGCCUCAUGGUUCACAAGGCAAUUAGACAACUAAUUGAUUGAUUGAUUGAUUGAUUGAUUGAUUGAUUGAUUGAUUGGAGAAUUGACUGAUACAUUCAACAACAUAUUGUAUUGAGUGGCUUUGAAGAAUAACAAUCUAAAAACAAUGGUUGGCCCAAUGUAAAUCCACAUUACAUAAAUUUAGUAUGAUGUAAGUAGCCCUUACCACAUGUUAUGGUGACGGAACUAGUUUAACUGCUGUGGACACUUUUUGUAUAUGUAAAUAGUACAUGUAAUAAUAAUGAUAGCGUCACUGUUGAAAGAUACACUUUUUAACACUACUUUCAUCGUUUUACUGUAAGAUUUUAUAGUUUUGUAUGAAAUUGAUAGAAUUCAGUGUCAUAAUGGGUCAGAGAGUUAAAUCACAUCAAAUUGUAUGAAAAUUAGUUUUGACACAAUUAUUAUCAAAGAGCUUGCUUGGUGGAUACAAAUUAUAGCUGAAAGUUCUGUGAAAGAAAGUGUAUGUAAUCGGCUUGUAUUAGACACAGGACUGCAAUCGGCUUGUACAUAUAGACAUAGGACUAGCAUCUUGCAAC